CAGGGGCUUUCUCGAGUUCAUUAGCUAGUAGAGAGAUCUUUCUGUCUCCUGUAGCAGUGUUUAUAUGUGCAUGCAAGCAGUUGCCCCUUCACACGGAUACCGAGACACACAGCAGCAUGGCGAGCCGGGAAAGAGCACAGAGUUUUCUUCACUCAUCAACAAAAACUAAAUUGUCAUGCGUAGGAUUGCUGCGGGUUUUAUUUAUUGCUUUUAUACACACGGCGCAGGCGAACAAACAAGCGUUCAUACAGUCAGACACAAUCCUCGAGGUGCUACACUUCGGAGAAGGAGGUCUCUUACAGACAAAGUUUGACUGUGAUCUAAGUUUAUAUAAUCGAAAAAGGCCUGUGGGGAUGCCAACAAUGGAAAAGAUUUACUUGAAUAAUCCCAGCUCAGAAGAAAUUAGUUUGAUAUCAAUAUCAGCAACAACAGCACAUUUUCAUCCAUCCUGUUUCCAGAAUGGGAUAAUCCCAGCAGGGGGAAACACGUCGUUUGAUCUCGUGUUUCUCGCCAGGGUCGUAAGGAACAUAGAAAAUACUUUAUUUAUUAAUACGUCGAAUCAUGGAGUGUUUACAUACCAGGUGUUCGGGGUGGGUAUCUCCAACCCCUACAGACUACGGCCCUUCAUCGGGGCCAGAGUCCAUGUUAACGGCAGCUUCUCUCCACUCAUAAACAUCCACAACCCUCACAGUGAACCACUGCAGGUUGUGGAGAUGUUCUUCAGUGGAGAUCACCACCAUCUGGACCUGCCUACGGGCCAACAAGGAGGCACCAAAACAUUCUGGGACAUCCCUCCGUUUGAGACGAAGGGUGUGAUGAGGGCUAGCUUCUCGUCGAGAGAUGCAGACAACCACACAGCCUUCAUCAGGAUCAAAACCAACGAAGACCAGUUUAUCAUACUGCCUGUGGAGGUCACCUCAGCUCCUGGUAUAUACUCCUCCACAGAGAUGCUAGACUUCGGUACGUUACGGUCACAAGAUUGGCCGAAACAAUUGAACUUACAUCUACUGAAUUCAGGAAGGAAAGAUGUUUGGAUCGCGAGUAUACGGACGACGCCAUCCAACGAAGCCACCAUCAAUUUCAAAGCAAUCACCCUAGAAGCAGGCGAGAGUAGAUAUACCAAAGUUGCAAGUAUUAGUUUUGAUGAAAGACCGGUUCAGUUUUCUGGUAAAAUAACAGUGAAGGAGAUAAACUCGUCUAAACUUGAAGUCCCGUACCAAGCAGCGGUGCUACAAGGCUACCUGGGCUUUGACCACACGGCCACGUUGUUCCACAUCAGAGACAGUCCAGUAGACCCCGUGAACAGAUCCAUCUUCCUUACCAACGCCUUCAACUUUGCUGUCCGCAUACACAACGUCACCCUGCCAGAUGAGGUCAAGACCAUGUUCAGCAUAUUAACAAUCCCAGUGAAGGCUGUGAUAGCAGUGGGGAAGCUAAACAGCUAUCCUGAACACAUCAUCCUACCUCCAUCCUUUCCUGGGAAGAUAGUUCACCAGAGUUUCACCAUCCAGAGUUCCUUCACCCAGAGAGCGAGACUCCGACACAUCCGUUCCCUGACAGAAGACAUUCGGUUCUAUUACAAAAGACUACGUAGUAACAAGAAUGGACUGGAACCUAGAUGCAAGUCCAAGGUUGCUAAUAUUUAUUUUGAUGCCAGUUUGCAGUGUGUCGACCACUGUUAUGUGGGGUUGCCGUUUGUUCUGAAAUCUGAGGCUCGUCCCCACGGCCUGGUCUUACAGGAGGACAUCUGGGAUGCUGACAUUGACCUCCACCAGAAACUUCUCCGACGCUGGACAGAGCUGAAAGAUCGCUCGGGACAUCAAGUUGAGGCGGUGUUUGAAGUCAGCACAGAUCUUCAGGAGACGGUCCAGGCAACAAUAACAGCUCAACAGACCUGGCCGUCGCUGGUUAACGCCUCACAACAAAUCACGUUUCCCCUCACCAAUGCCAAUAGCUCCUCUGAGACGGAGGUUGUUCUAGAGAACCCAGCAGAUGUCCCAGUGUAUGUCCAGAUCCUUCCUCUGGCUCUCUACCCGAACCCCUCCGUGUUUGCUGGGAAACUCGGCGACCGCUUCCCACUGGGAAAGUUGUCCAACAUCGACACAAAAUCACUGGAAUUUCAGGUCACCAGAAACCUAUCGUCUGUAAUGAAGGGAAGCUCAGGGUUUGUGGAGGGCUCGACCAGACCGUUUGUCUACAACGUGCUCCUGCAGCCUGGAGAGGUCAAGUCCUUCAGCCUGAGGUUCACUCCUUCCAGCAACCACUCUGUCUCCUCCCUGCUCAUAGUCAGGAACAACCUGACUGUGAUAGAUGUGAUCGUGGUUCGUGGCCAGGGAACCACGGGGAGCCUGCAGGUAGCUGGGAAACUCCCUGGACCAGACAGCUCCCUUCGCUUCCAAAUGACGGAGGUGUUGCUGAAGGACUGCACAGAGAAGAUCAAGUCCAAAAAGCCCAAGUCCACUCUGAGAAGAACCUUCAGGGUGGAGAACGCUGGUCUACUCCCCUUGUAUAUCCGCUCUGCAGAGAUCAACGGCCAGCCCUGCCAAGGAUACGGAUUCAAAGUUCUCAACUGUCAGCAAUUUACACUUAAACCAAACGCUUCUGAAGACCUAGUGAUACUGUUUACACCGGACUUCACGUCAUCCAGAGUGAUCCGGGAGCUGAAGCUAGUGACGGAGGGAGGGUCAGAGUUUGUGUUUGUCCUGAACGCCUCUCUACCUUUUCACAUGCUGGCCUCCUGCACAGAGACCCUCCCCAGACCCUCUUGGGAGCUGGAGCUAUACGUCAUCGUCUCCCUCGUCAUGAGCUCCAUGUUCCUGCUGGUGAUUGCUAUAGCCUACCUGGAAGCCCAGGGGAUCUGGGAGCCGUUUAAGAGACAUCUGUCUCUGGACUCUCCCAUGGAGACGGGCAGACCCUUCGAUCUCAGGGAAAUAGUACGCAUUUCAAGUGAUGCUAACUUGAAUGAUUUCAGCGACGCCCACCAGAACCCGACCAGGGGGAUGUAUGGUUCUGGUAGCGAGGUGUCCCGGGUCGGGAGCCGAAACAGCAGAGCCUCUGUAGACCUUGAUGGACAGAGAGCCAGGAUGGACUUUGAUCGAUCAACUAUGCAAGCCUCCUCCACCUUCUCUUCCUCCCAGCUAGCCAAUGGCGCCCCGGUUUCCUGUCAGCUGACCAAUCGGAAGGCGCGGAGCUCCAAGAGGCAGCAGGGUGGAGGACUCCUGGACCUCCAGAACAGGGGCCCUUGGUCAGGGUCGUCUCUGCCCCACAGAAGGCGCUGUUCUGGGGGAGAGGACCCAGACUACGCCAGCCUCCUGGGGGCCAUGGAUAACGACCUGGAUAGACCUGAAUCACCACCUCUACAGGAACACAACGUUUCUCUGUCUACACUGAACAACGUGCUAGACUCUAAAGGAAAGCAGCUGAGAGGUAAAACUAAUGCUCAGAGAAAGAGAGCGGAGAAGGAGAGGAGAGCAAAGGGAAAACCACCUCCGGGAGACCAGCUGAAGGAUGUUUUGGCAGACAAUGACGACAGCUCCUCUACCACCACAGAGACCUCCAACCCUGAUGUAGAGGCCAGCAACAAAGAGGAACCAGUGAAGAAGAAGGGCAGAACAGCAGUGACUCUGGAGAAAGAGGAAACCAAACCCCAAAACAACAAGCGACAAACCAACUCAAAUGAUCAAUCUAGUUCCCUGGAGCUCCCUUACAUCACAGCCCUGGAGAACAAACAACGCAAGACCUUCACAUCCAAAGCCCUCAUCCACUCUGCUCUCACCACCGCCCCUACAGCUAGGACUCUGCAGAAACCCAGACCUGGGUCUCUCCCCCAUCUCAACUCGUCUGAUUGUUCUGUACUUGUGCCUUGUGGGAAGCUGGAGGAUUCUUGUCCGUUUCCCGUGGUGAAGCGGUUGUCCAACGGCUCGGUCUCGGUUUCAGAGCUGGAUCACAGCAGCAGCUCCGAGGGAGAGAAGGAGUUCGCUGCUACUGAAUGGGACAACCCACUGCUCACCAGAACCACCAACCAAGCCGACAGUCUCCAGCAGACCUCCCUCCAGACCAUGAAUGCAGACACCUUCCUGAAGAGACCCAUCUCAGCUAGGACCUACUCCCAUCCCCGCUCCUCCCCCAGCCUAGUGACCAGGGGAACAUACAGCCAAGUACUCAAUGCCAAUAGUGAGACCAACUUGAAGAAGGCACCAGGGAACAAGUUAGCUAAUGCCACCUCUCUCCCGGGCAAGAAUGGUAAUCCUACUUUUGCAGCUGUGGCUGCGGGAUACGACAGAAGCCCAGGUGGCAGUGGCCCAGGUCAAAGAGCCCAAUGGAAGACUCUAGCUCACGUGACCUCAGUGGAGAGCGACAGCUCAGACAGCUCAGGAUUAUGGUCUCCCAUAGGAUUCAACCCUGCCAACUCCUUCUCUGCAUUCGGACCCAACAACUCCUUCAAUCUGACAGGAGUCUUUCGUGGGAUGUCCUUCCCGAAGACAUCCGAGCCUCAGCAGACUUUGCCUGAGUUGAGCUCUGCGUCCUCGUCUCUCUGGGACGCCACCAGCAACCCCCUGCACUCCUGGCUCAGCAGCUCCCCCACUGUCGCUGCCUCAUCUGUCCUGGGUAGCAGCAGGAACCCCUGGUCCACCAUCACCCCCUUUGGCAGCUCCAUCUGGUCCACUAGUGGAGACACUGCACUACACUCCUUCACUCCCACCACCACCUCCUCCACCCUCCCAGACUUACCGAGCAGCAUCCCCACCCUGGGCCUGGCCCCUCCAACUGCCCCCACUGAGAUGAGCCGUUCCUACGACCUCUGGAGGCCCACCCUCAGCAGACACGGCUCAGAGUCCUGGUCCAGCCACUGAGGAGUAACAGGCACUCGCUCUUAGCCUGGUCCCAAAUCUGUUUCAGCUCGUGCCAACUCCAAUGCUGUCUUUAUCAAGCCAAACAUGGCGACGUGGCAUGAAAAUGAUUGCCAAAGAGUUGGCGUAGCACAAACAGGCUGGAACUCAGGCUAACUCGUGAUAAUUCUUAACUGAAUUAUCACGUAAAUCAUGCAUUCAUGUAAAUGGCAUAUUUACGUCAUGUGAGCAGACCUCAUGUACAGAUUCUGGUCUAAAUCAGAAACAUACCAUGGUAUCAAUUGUUAAACAGUCCUUAAAUAUACAUCAACAAAUAAUUUUAUCGACAAGUCCUGUCUAGAAAAGGUUUAAAUGUAAUUUGGUAGCCCCAGCACUUUCUAACACAAACCAAAACCCCCUGAUCAUUUAGUUCACAGCAGCUACAUGUUUUUUAUUCAGGGGGAGAAAUACAGUCUGGAUUCAGAUUCAUUUUUAGGAACACCUCUUAAAUGUAAACAAAA